AUGGAUCCGACCGACGUGAUCAUCCAGUUGGUAGUCCCAAGUUCUGUCGGAGAGACAGUGUGUCUCAACGUUCACCGUGGUGUCCUCUGCAAGAGCUCAGCAUUUUUCAAGAAUGCUAUAAAGCUAGAGUGGGCCACUCAAGAAGAAAACGUCGUCAACCUUCCGGAGGAUUCUGCGAACACGGUCAUCGACUACAUCAAGUGGCUAUACUAUGACAAAAUAGAGACCCAGCUUGAAGAAGCAUCUGAAGACACACGUGAGAAGAAGGCUGUAGCAGCGGAGAAAGCGUACUGCCUACUUGCCGACGCAUACGUGUUCGGGGAAAAGAUCAUCGAUCUGCAGUACAAAGAAGCAGUGAUGAAGGCCAUAUUCGCCACCCUAAAGAGUUAUAAUUGGAACAUGGGACCAGAGAGUGUCAACAUCAUCUACGAAGGCACCCCUCCAGGAUCACAAUUACGGCGCUUUAUUGCUGAGAGAAUUGCGUACGAAGCUUUUGUCGACUCAGACGAAGGUGUCGGUUGGUUACAGUACAUUGAAGGAUACCCUAGGGAUGUUUUGGUAGACGCGCUGAAGGUCAUGGUACGGGUACGUCCAAAGCUGAGUGCUGACCUUUGUCCUUCUCUCGAUUCGUACCUCGAGAAAGCGUAG